AUGCCGUACCCAGACGUCCUUCAAUGCCGUAACAGUAAAGUCGAGGCCGUUGUGAUAAAGCAUGAUGUGGCAGUAGCGGCUGAUGGUGCCGUCACUAGCAGUUACGCCGUAAACGCCCCGUGCGGCACAAAGGAUAUUUACUUGGCUGCCUGCGAUGGUGACACUGUCGCGCUCGACAUGUUCUUGAGGAUGGGGGUGGACAUUAACAGCAUCGGCCGCCCCACUCAGCGGUAUGGCACAACCUUUGACAGAUGUUCACACUUCUGCGCCACUCCGCUGUGCUUCGCAGCGGCGUAUGGGCGCGAAAAAGCGGUAGCUUUUCUACUAGAAAAGGGUGCAGACGCGUUCAGGACGUCGUCAACUGGUAUUAGACCAUGGGAGUACGCCAGACACCGCAGGUACAGGAUCAUUAUGGACAUGCUGCAAACAGCGGAGGAGAAGCAACGCGCAAACGCCAAGCCAACACUGCCACAGGGUUGA